AGCUAUAAAUUCCCACCCUGCCUACCUUAAAAUGAAAAUGUUUUCACAGACCCUGUUCCCUGUGUGAAGAUCCCCCUCUCACAUUAUCUACCUCGAUUCACACUCUCUGGCAAAAAUGACCCCCAAGAUCGGCCUCAUCAUUUGCAGCCAGCGCACUCCCCGCGCCGGUCUCCACAUCGGAACUACCAUUCUAAACGAUCUCCAAGCCACCGACAGCGUCCGCACAAACGCAGUCAAACUAUCCCUCAUUGAUCUGGCAGAGUGGAAUCUCCCCCUAUAUAACGAACCAGGCAUCCCGUCCCAGAUCCAUUCCUCAGACCAAUAUCUCCACCGGCAUACGCGGAAAUGGUCCGAAGAGAUCGCUUCUCAUGCAGCGUUUGUGUUCGUGACUCCACAGUACAACUGGGGGUAUCCGGCUAGUAUCAAGAAUGCGAUUGACUAUCUGUAUCACGAAUGGAAUGGUAAACCCGCCAUGAUUGUCAGUUAUGGUGGGCAUGGGGGCGGGAAGGCGGCGGAGCAGUUGAAGCAGGUUUUGUGUGGGGCUCGGAUGAGGCCUCUUGAGCGGACGGUGGGGUUGACCUUUCCCAGCAGAGACGUCUUGAUGGAUGCUGCGGAGGGACGGGAGUUGGAUUUGUCUUCCUGGGAAGGGGAGAGGAAAGAGGUGGUGGAGGGUCUUGGGGAGAUGGUGAAGUUGUUGCUGGCAGAAGCUUGAAAAAGUAUAUGGUUCGAUGUAUAGGGGGCAAAUUCCGAUUGUG